UGACGUUGCUGUGUUACGUGAUGACGUCCAGUUGUAGGCUCAGCUAUGAUGGCAGCCGUAGGUUGACAUCAAUACGAUACUGAAUAUAAAGUAUUUAAAAGUUAGCGGAAACUCCCCCGACACUAUAACGUGGAACAAACUAACAGUUUUCUUAUAGUACACGCUUAAAACACACACCCGCCCGGUUUGGGGAACGUGGCACUAUGCCCGCAGCUACUGUGGAUCACAGCCAAAGAAUAUGUGAGGUUUGGGCCAACAACCUGGAGGAGGAGCUGAAGAGGAUACGACAUGUCAUUCGAAAGUACAACUACAUUGCUAUGGACACGGAGUUUCCAGGUGUUGUAGCCAGACCGAUCGGAGAGUUCAGAAGCAACGCUGACUAUCAGUACCAAUUGCUGCGCUGCAAUGUGGAUUUGCUCAAGAUAAUACAGCUGGGCCUCACAUUUAUGAACGAGCAGGGGGACUACCCACCCGGGACGUCAACGUGGCAGUUCAAUUUUAAGUUUAACCUCACAGAAGAUAUGUAUGCACAGGACUCCAUUGAGCUCCUGACCACUUCAGGGAUUCAGUUCAAGAAGCACGAGGACGAAGGCAUUGAGACGCUUUACUUUGCAGAGUUGCUGAUGACAUCAGGUGUGGUGCUCUGCGACGGAGUCAAGUGGCUGUCUUUUCACAGUGGCUAUGACUUUGGAUACCUGAUUAAGAUUCUGUCCAACGCUAACCUUCCUGAGGAGGAGGUGGACUUCUUUGAGAUUCUUCGCCUGUACUUCCCAGUCAUUUACGAUGUCAAGUACCUCAUGAAGAGCUGUAAAAACCUGAAGGGUGGGCUUCAGGAAGUAGCUGAGCAACUAGAGCUGGAGAGGAUUGGACCACAACAUCAGGCUGGUUCGGACUCUUUGCUCACAGGCAUGGCUUUCUUCAAGAUGAGAGAGAUGUUCUUUGAGGAUCAUAUCGACGAUGCAAAGUACUGUGGUCACUUGUACGGGCUCGGCUCAGGCUCCGCCUAUGUCCAGAACGGAACCGGAAACGCCUAUGAAGAAGAGGCUAACAAGCAGCAGUCGUGACAUCGCUCCGAAACUCUUCCCAUCCUGCACUUCACACCCAAAAUCAGUGCGGCUCUGACGCCAAGCUCCCGAGUGACAAUAAUAAUGGAAGAAGAAAAUAACCUACACGUGCAUCGUUUAGCAAGCUGUUUCUCAAGUUUCUCAUAGGCUCUGCUCACUUUAGACCAAUGAAUAUGAUGGUCCAAAAAAAAAAAGAAUCACCGCUGUCCUCACACAUGCAAACAACUGCAUGUUUGAGUUUAGUCUUUUAUUCCUAAGAGGCAGCGUAGACGGCGUGUGGUCGGUUCAGUUCAAUUUAACAUGCUUAAAAAGGUGGGAUUUUAGUUUUCCUAAAGUGUUCUGUAGAAAUGUUUUGCACUUUAAAGCUCUAACCUGAUUUUAUAAGGAAAGCUGAAAAUGUUUCCGGUGUGUUUGUGUGUCUCUCUGGCCUCUUUGUUGCCUUCUCUAUGUUCCCAUUUCACAUUGUGAACAUGUAAAGCUGUACGAUCACAACUCUCACCACGCUCAGCCUUAAUAAUAACUGCAUUCUUAUCUUUUAACUUUUUAAUUUAUUGGCAUGGACUAGUUGCCCCCAUUUCAACACUAAGUCCACACAGAUUUCCUCUCUGAUAGUUGGGGUGUGUUUACAUGCACUUGAAUCUUGAGGAUUUUUCUAAUCGGUCCCGUUAAUGUUAAGUUUAUAACGACCCGAGUAAGAGCUAAGUCCACUGUAAUAAGCCUUUUAAAGCGGUGCAGACCAUAAAGCAAGUGGAUGCCAUUUCUUUAUUAUCAGUUGGUCAGAAUGGAUGCACACUGGUGUGCGUGUAAACAUCAUGGAUACACAUCACCUCAGCCAACCAACAAAAAUGUGUUGGGAAGAAAAACAGAAUGAAAGCUGUAGGAAGUGCUGAGGUAACCACUGAGUAACCACCAGAGAGUCAGUUUUUGUUUUAAUUUAUAGUUUUAGUGUUGAAAUAAAAGAAGAGGAAAGUUUUACUCGAAGUGACGGUGCUUUUUUAACAAGCGGGAGUUCAUUUGUAGUUCUGACCUUUGAAUUAGACUUUUUGUGCUUUUUGGUUCCCUUCAAGUGUUGCUUUUCCAGUUCAUUCAUGCCGCAUAAAACUGCCGCAUGUACAAAAGAAACAAAAACAAUAAGAAUAAACGCUGUUGUUGAAUAGUAUCCUGAACUUGCAUAGGUGCGUGUUAAAGCGUAGGCUCACGGCUUAUUAACCUCCGGUGACAGAAACUCGACAGCUGAAGCACUUCCCUCUUUCUGCAGUACGUCUUUCUCUCACUGUAACCGAGUCGAAGAAGAAUAUGCAAUAAAAAAGAGGAAUGUUUUUAGAUGAUUUUGUAAAUAAAGGCUUGAAAUUUUUCUACCAUCGUAUCUUUC